AUGUCAAUUGAACCUUUCCUAUUAGUUGAUCUUUCUGACUCAGUCUUCCAUGAUAUUUCAACAUCGUGUUCUGUGGAUGAAUCGAAUUAUACCUGGUAUAAUGAGGUGGAAUACAGUGACGACAGUUUAAGUAUCAGCCAUUUUGAUGAUCUCCAGAUCAAUUCUGACACUCUUGAUACUUUGAAUCAAUUGACCAUUGGAUCUAAUGAAUACAUUACUGAAAUUCCCAAAACCAACAACGAUAAAAUUGCAACCCACAUCAAUGCCCACGAAUUCUUUAUCAAAAUUACAUACAAUAGACAGAAAUUGGUUUCAAGAAUCAAGGAUAGUUUGGUCACAUUAGAUGAAAUGAUUUCUCUUCACAAACCCCUGAAAGUGAAAGCAAUGAUAUAUAGGACCAAUCAUCAUCAAACUAAAUUGAACUUAUAUGAGUUAUCCUGCAAAUUGAACCUCAGUCAUUAUGAUUUAAAGAUUACUAAGAGGAUUGAAUGGCAGGUUAUGAAGGUUUUUGGCAAAUAUUGUGGAUUCGAAUUCGGUGAAAAGACCUGGUUGAAAUCUACCACGGAGAGGGAAAGAAAGAACCAGAUCGAAUUUUUGUUCCUGAUAUUUGAAGAUAUUUUACCCAUCACAAGAGAAAGUUUGAAAACCAUCAUCACCAGAGGCACUUACAGAAAGGUUCAGUAUGAACAUAGACAGAAGAAGAGAUGGUCUAUUUCUCGGAGAUAG